AUGGCGCGGGACCCAGCCUUUGUGCUACGCUACCUGGCCGAAGUGGAGGAGCUGGCCGAGGACGUGCUGGCGGCGCGGCAGCAGAUCGUGGACCUGGACGUGAAGCGGAACCGGAACCGUGAGGCCCUGAGGGCGCUGCACAAGGACCCGGAGCCCGACGGCAAGGCCAUGGUCUGCUUCGGCAACAUGUUCAUCGAGCUGCCCAAAGCGAAGACGAAGGAGAUGCUGCAGAAAGACCAGGAAAGUCUGGAUGAGGAGAUAAACAACCUCCGGAAGGAGCUGCGUGGGAAGGUCAACCGCCUCCUCGAAGCUCAAGGCAAACCUGAGCUGAAGGGAUUCGACCUGAACCCCAUGACUGCCGAGGAGAUGAAGCUCAUCAAUCGCAUCCUGGAGGGCUGAGGUGGCUGUGCCAUUGUCCCAGCCAGUGACAGUUGUCACCUGUGGAGCUCACACUGCAACAGCUGCAGGGGCUGCAGGACAUUGGUGUGCCCAGAGCCCACCUUGGGUGAGGUCCUUGGCAAGUGCUGGGAUGCUCCUCAGCCACCACGCUGCAGCCUCCUGUACCCACAAACCCUUCCCUGCUCCUUGCUGCAGCCUGGGUGGCAAAGCCAGGGGCUGAGGCAUGGUGCCCAUGCCCAGGGUGGAAGUGUGAUCAUUAAAAUCAGAGCAGUGGGGCAUUCCCAGC